UCAGUCCUUAUCUGUUCUUUUCGUUCAAGGGGAAGAAACCUUAAUUUUCAGAGCACACUGUAUUUCAUAUUCAAUAAUGGGAUAGCUCGCCUAGCAACUUCUUUUCUACUUGGCAUGCUCCUGAAACCAACACACUGCCUUGCAUUAUUCUGUGAACCAUGAGCCAGUUCACUACUAUGAUGAAAGCCAAACGACCGUGUUUGAUUGGGGGCACUUUUUUCAUUGGACUGGUUAGCCACGUGCUCGGAGAAUGUAUUCCACCAAAUAAGAAUUAUGAAUUGAAAUUCAAUGAUUAUUAUCGUUACGUGACAGAACCUGCCUUCUUUAGCGACGCUAUAGAGUUAUGCAAGCGGGAUGGAGGGCAUCUCGGCGUGUUUCAAAGCGAGGAUGAAUACAAGGCGCUGCAAUUUUAUGCUAAAAAAAGUGAUUUCAUCCAUAUUGGUAUCGAACCCGUUCGCGUCGCAAAGGAGUGUCUGGACAGUGCUUGCUCUCACGUAAGCACAACGUGGGUGGAUGGGACACCAUUUUCGUUCCAGCCUUCGUUCAUGACUGGAGGCAUGGUUGCUCUAGGUGUUACAGUUGCUCAAUCGUCUUUCGUAUACACUGGCUCUUAUAAGCAAAGUCAACAAUCCCGGAUGUUCAUCAGUUACUUGAACCAAGAAUAUCCAUCAGUCUGUCAAUUUCGUUGUCGCUGUUGGGCAAAUGUGACGGUCGAGCGGGCGACACAAAUCAAUGAGGUUGGUCAGGGUUGGAUGGAUCGAGGCAAAAGUUUACGGUGAGCACGUGAAACCUAUUUAUUGUGAGUGCCCUUGAUCACUGUCGGAACGUAAACACAAUCCAUACUAAAUUAAACCACAGCUAUAUGAAUCAGCUUGCAUUAUGUUGUUUAUAUCAGAACAAUGUCCAUGUUCGAUAGAUUGAGACUCAAUUAAUUGAAGCGUGGACAAGGGUUGAGGACAAUUACUAAUCGAUUUGUCAGUUUUAAUACUCUCUCAUAUCAUUCUUGUUUCGCAAGGAAAAGAAUAAUCACGUAAUUGAAUUUUUCGCCAACUAUUGAUAAACCUAUAUAACGUAUUAAGAGCUCAAUUUUUGAGGGUGAUGCACAUUGUUUAACUUGCAUUUUAAGAAAACCACUCACAUCAGAUCGAACGCUUGUUAUUUAGCAUUUUACCCGUAGACUCGAUUCAAUCUAAAAGAUUUAUGCGAUAUUCGAUUUGGUUUCCAGUAAACAACACAUAGGUAACGCGGAAGUAAGUUCACUCCUUCGAGUUUCCCUCUAAGUAUUGUAUACUCCACUUGGUGUAUUUAACUCAAUAUCCGUAGUUGACAUGUUUUGCAUUAGAAACUAGAUUUGAUGCGACCAGAAUAAUUAAUGUGCUAUUCAAUUUGGUUCCGUGUUUGUAACUUAUUUCAAGGACAUUUCCUUGCAUCUUUUUUGUUGUGUAUACUGGCCGGAUGGUGGAACCCCGGCCUGCCGGCCGCUAAGUGCAUUUACUAAUGUAUCGUCUCUAGGGGUCGGAACCAUAAAAUAAAGGAAAACCGAGGAUUUUUAUGGAAAUUAAAGGACUUUGCUCUUGUUUAGACGUAUUUUUCGAGAAAUACAGGGUGGAAGGAAAUUCAAGGCUACCUUGCCUCUAUCUGACAAUGUUUGUCCCCGCUCAAAGAUUUGUGUGACCUUG